AUGGAAACUGUGCAGGAGCUGAUCCCCUUCGCAAAGAAUGAUGGCCCAGAAGCCAAAGGGAAGAUGGUGAAGUUAUACGUGCUGGGCAGUGUGCUGGCUUUCUUUGGAGUCAUGAUUGGCCUGAUGGAGACAGUAUGCAGUCCCUUCUGUGCGGGCCGAUGGCUUCAGGAGGACGAUGCAUCGGCGGCAGCGGAGCGAGCAGCCAGGCUCGGUGAGCACAGGAGGAGGCAAGCACUGCUGGAGAAAAGCAAGCAGCAAGAAGCCCUGAGAGGUCGGAGCCUCUCCAAUCGCCAGCAUGCCUCCUAAGAGCAUCACAGAGCAAAGCAGAGAGAAGCGAGCUGCCUCAGGAACGGGAGAGGAGAGGGCUAUUGGGAGAGAGGAAGACCCAGCCCAUGGAACAGGGGGUUCUGCACUUCUCUUUGGGAAGCUUCUGAUUUCUAAGGAAGAACUAGACUGUGACCGAGACAACAAGCACAAGGGGUUCUACACGAAUGUCUGGAGCUUAGUUUUUGCUGCUGUGCAGCAGGAGAGAGGGCUGAUCUGUCCUAACAACUAUAUAUCUAGAUAUAUAGAGAUAUCUAUAUACCUUUGCGGUAUCUGGGUGCAUGGAACACUGCACUGUGGAGAAAGGGUGGGGACGUGCUUUUAUAUUAUCAUUAAUAUUAUUACAAUGAUCACUAUUUUGCAUUUUGAAAUAAAAUACUUUUAUAAGA